AUGCCUAAAUUUCAGUCUAAACCCUUCCGCCGAGCGACCACAGCGUCAUCGUCGCUUGGGGAACGACUUGGAGCACUCUACCGCGCACGUCUAUCAAAACACCCUUUCAUACUGUUCGGAUUACCAUUCAUUGGACUCAUUGUGGCAGGCUCAUUUGCCUUGACACCUGCUGCGGCCUUGAGAUAUGAGAGAUAUGAUCGGAAAGUCCAACAAUUGAGUCAACAGGAAGUCUUCGACCUUGGAUUGAAGGGACCCGACGGGGAAGAGGGAAUCAAACGAAACCCACGCAGGAGAAUUAUCGGCAGUGAGCGGGAAGAAUACUACCGACUCAUGGCCAAGGACUUAGAUCAAUGGGAGCAAAAACGCGUGGAAAGAUUCGAGGGCGAACCAGACGGACGACUGUGA